GCAUUUACUUUGACUCUGUGUGUAGCAUAUUGAGUCCGCCUCUUCUCUCACAUGAAUACCCCACUUUGAUCGUUUUUUCGUGGAGUUAAACCACAGCCAGAAGCAACCUCUCUAUUUCCCUUCCCCCAAUUAAAAUACACACACACACACCAUUCUUUCUUCUUCUUUUCUUCUUCUUCUCUCUCUCCAAAAACCCUAACCCUUUAGAAAAAUCUAAGGUUGAGAAGUGGAGCUUCCAGUUUACGACUCCACCACCUCGACCUCUACAACCACCGAUUUCGUGGCUUGUUAAAGCCUACUUUCCAUCUUCCGGUGGCUCUUCUUUUAUUUUAUCCCCUUUCUAAUCAAUCAAAUGGGUUUCGUAGGAUUGUGAGUAAGUCAGUAAUCGGCCGCAGCAGCAGCAGCAGCAGCAGCAGCAGAUCAUCACCUUUUUUUCUGCACCCGUGAUUGAUUUUGUGGGUGUCCGUACGUGUUGGCCUGAUAAUGGAUUCUGGGAGUAGUGGAAGUAUACAAAGCUCGAGCGGUGGUGAAGAGGAGUACGAUUCACGCGCAGAGGGGUUCUCUGGUUUCUUAAACAAACCGCCCGGGCAUGUCGGCCCCAUGGCUACUACUACUAAGGCUAACCCAUCCCCACCAGCCACGCACCACCUUCAUUCCUCCUCUUCCCUCUUCGACCCUUUCUCCAACUUCCUCGAUCCUUUACCCACUCGAUCACACCAAAAUUCCAUUCCCAAUCUCGAUUUCCUCUGGCCCAGAAACCCGAGAUCGGACCUCAACCCGAUCCAACUUCCCGGGUCCAUUUCCAUGCCGCCUUCUUCCUCACAGCCACAAUCGUAUAUGACGGCGACCAAUAGUCAAGUCCAUCAUCAAGCCACGGAAACCAAUGUCGUCCACCAAGCCCCACGGGGUUUAACUCUCACCACAGAUCGAAGCGACGUCGUUCCUAACAAUACUAACAACAACACUGCCGCCGGUACUCCCAGCAACAACGCUUCCGUUCGUAACCCGAGGAAGCGAACCCGAGCUUCGAGGCGAGCCCCAACCACCAUCCUUACAACCGAUACUUCCAAUUUUCGAGCCAUGGUUCAGGAAUUCACUGGGAUUCCUGCGCCUCCUUUCACACCGGCCUCCUCUUUCCCUAGAGCCCGACUCGAUCUUUUUGGCGGCUCGGCCUCCACCUCUUCCCCACCUUACCUACUCCGUCCAUUUCCCCAAAAACCAUCCACAAGUAAUUCCCUUCUCUCUCCUUCCUCCGAUUUUCUCCUCCCAAAACAGAAUCAUCAUCUUCCACCUAUGUCCUCUAUUUUCAAUCUCCAGCCUCCUCCCCCUCCCCCUCUCCACCAACCCAAUAUUAACCUCCUCGCCUCCGACCAACCCACAGCCGAGACCCAUCGGAAUCACCCUCUUCAUCAAACGCCUCUCCCGGAAGAGUUGCUUUCCGGAAGUGGGAAUAUUCUUCCGGCCACCUGGGGCAGUGGUGGAAAUGGUGGUGGUGGUGGAGGAGGAGGAGCGUCCGAUCAAGCUUUAUUUAGGUCCAUGAAUAGCAAAUACUGUACCGGUACUAAACUUAACAACAACUAUUCGGCUUCUUCUUCUUCUUUGGAUUUCCAUGGAGAUAAAGGGUCUGAGAAUGUGACUACUAGAAGUGAAGGUAUGAUAGAAUCUUGGAUUUGUUCUUCAGAUUAAUUAUUAAUCACUGUUCAUUUCCAUCUAUUUAGAUAUAUAUAUAUCCCCAACCAUACCAAGAUGUUUACGAGUCUUGAGAAUCACAAACCCACAUCAAAUUAGAGGUAUAAUUAACGAAAAUCGGUCAGUUUGUGUUUGUUUCUCCCCAAUUUUAUGUACAUGACAUUACACUUCCAUUUUGGGAUUUCGUCUUUGUUUCAAAUUUCGCAUACGUUUUUCUUCUUACACAUUCAUAUAAUUAAUAUUGGUAAUGUGACAAUGUUAUUUAUUUAUGUAUUCAUUUUCGCUAUGUUGGUGUGCCAUGGCCAAUAUAUUGAAAUAAAGGGGAGAGGGAGCAGUUAAUUA